AUGAGAAAUAACUUCUCUCCUGAAGAAGCAUUGACUAUGAAAAUAUUCCAUAGUGGAAUUGUUGCAUUUGAAGAUUCAAAAGAUUCCAAGGUAUUUCAAAUUACUUUGGGUGGAGCAUUAUCCUUCAUUGAUUGUAUGGAUCCAAAUUCAACACAAUUAAUGGAAAUUACUAAAAUGCAAAUGAAACAUUUCUUGACAGAUGGAAAGUUACCACUUGGUGAUUCACAAUUCAUUCAAAAUCAAGAACUUGAAAAGAAACAAUUAGAAAAAUUGAAGGAAAUGAAAAUGGGUGGAUGUGUAUUGAAAUGCGUUUUGGAAUCACAGAAUUAUGUACUUGCAGUUGGAUUGAAAUACAAUGCCAAUACCAUUUUCAAUCGAGUUGGAAAGGAAGAUUCAGCAAGUUUACUCAUCAAAUUGGAACAUGAUUUUUAUUAUUAA